UUCUUUCUAAAUUCCCCAACGUUUUCUUUAAAUAAAAACAACCUAUCUUCCCAUCUCGCUGAACUGUACACGUUGACUUGCAACAAUUUUGAAGGGAAAUUCCACCAGAAAAUAUAUGAAUUAAAUAUUCACGACUUGCGUUUCACGUAAAAGCAAUAUGACCAUUCAGCGAGUCGCCGCCCUUGUCUCAACCAGCUGGCUAAAACAGAGAUUAGCUCAAGCCGGAGCUGCCUCCAAAGGUCAGUUACGUGUACUGGACACUAGCUGGCUACCAGAGCCCCAUGUUGACGGCUACACAGAGUUCUACAAGAAGGGACACAUAGAAAACUCUUACUUCUUUAAUCUUAAUAAGCUCAGUAGUAAAAGACCCGACUCUCCUAUAAUCUGCCCAAUUCCAGACUCCAACUUGUUUCAGGAAUAUGUUGAGAGUUUCGGCAUCAACAACAGCACCCAUGUCGUGGCGUACGAUAGCGUUAAUGCUUACUCCAGUAUGAGAACCUGGUACUUGUUCCGUUUGUUUGGACACGACAAGGUCUCCAUGUUGAAUGGAGGGAUGACACAGUGGCAGAGAGACGGGAACCACGUGACACAAGAAGAACCCAAACCUGCUGAAAAAUCCGAAUUAUCCGUCCAGUUUAGAAGUGACCUUCUCAAAGAUUACCAGUCUAUGAUGAAACUUGUUCAAAGUCAGGAUGUCCAGAUAAUUGAUGCCAGACCAAGUGGCUUCUACGUCACAGAAGAUGACCCAACCGGUGGUCAUAUUCCAGGUGCUAAAAACAUUUCAUUUUCAACUUUGUUUAAUGAAGAUGGAACGUUGAAAUCGGAAACAGACUUACAGCAGUUGUUUACUACUGCGGGUGUUGAUCUGCAGAAACCUGUGGUCUCAACUUGCCACGUUGGCAUUACCGCAUGUGCUCUGGCCAUGGCUGCCCACAUCCUGGGGAAGGUUGAUGUUCCUGUGUACAACGGCUCGUGGUGUGAGUGGAGCGCUGUAGCUCCAGCUGAAUAUCUCGUCAAAACUAAACAAUAGGCUCCAGCUGAAUAUCUCGUCAAAACUAAACAAUAGACUGAAUAUCUCGUCAAAACUAAACAAUAGGCUCCAGCUGAAUAUCUGGUCAAAACUAAACAAUAGGCUACAGCUGAAUAUCUCGUCAAAACUAAACAAUAGGCUCCAGCUGAAUAUCUUGUCAAAACUAAACAAUAGGCUCCAGCUGAAUAUCUCGUCAAAACUAAACAAUAGGCUCCAGCUGAAUAUCUCGUCAAAACUAAACAAUAGGCUGAAUAUCUCGUCAAAACUAAACAAUAGGCUCUAGCUGAAUAUCUCGUCAAAACUAAACAAUAGGCUCUAGCUGAAUAUCUCGUCAAAACUAAACAAUAGGCUCUAGCUGAAUAUCUCGUCAAAACUAAAGAAUAGGCUGAAUAUCUCGUCAAAACUAAAGAAUAGGCUCUAGCUGAAUAUCUCGUCAAAACUAAAGAAUAGGCUCUAGCUGAAUAUCUCGUCAAAACUAAACAAUAGGCUCUAGCUGAAUAUCUCGUCAAAACUAAACAAUAGGCUCCAGCUGAAUAUCUUGUCAAAACUAAACAAUAGGCUCCAGCUGAAUAUCUCGUCAAAACUAAACAAUAAGCUCUAGCUGAAUAUCUCGUCAAAACUAAACAAUAGGCUCCAGCUGAAUAUCUUGUCAAACUAAACAAUAGGCUCCAGCUGAAUAUCUCGUCAAAACUAAACAAUAGGCUGAAUAUCUCGUCAAAACUAAACAAUAGGCUACCACUGCCUUAAGAAAAUCUUAUUUUAUCAACUGAAUAUCUCGUCAAAACAGUAGCUCUUUUAUAACGCUACGCAUUAUCAAAUGUAACUCUGUUGUCACAAUAGUAUUGAUUCAUUAUUGCAAAUUCUCAACAUCGAUCUACUUGUCGUAAUUAACCAUGUACUGUUUUCUAUAUAAAAUAAGAUAAUA